CAAAUAUGGCGGCCGUGUGUCGUGCUCUUCGGUUGUUGGGAAUAACUUCUACAAAUCCAAGUAAGUCUGGCCAUCAAUGGAAUCCCUUGAUCUCUUUUAUACAGCAAAUUUAAUAGAGAAGGAUUUCAUCUGUACAAACUGGUGCUAAACAAAGUGAAAGUCAGCAAAAGUGAUUCAUGAAUUUCACCAGAAUAACCAAAGGUUAUAGUAAUCCUUUGACAGCACUGAUUGUUGAUGCCUUGAUCUUGCCUUAGGUGCUUUAAAAAGUCUUGAAUGCAUUAAUAGAUUUCAUCAGCAGCGUAUCCCAUCCAAGUGUUUGCAUUCAUCCGGUAAGACUGAUUCUGUUGUAAAAGUGGAUCUUUUAUUUAACUUUGGAUAAUUUAAAAUCACGUUUUCGAAAUAAACAUUAAGCUCAAAAAAAUAUAUAUAUAUAAAAAUACGUAAUUAAGCUAGUGAUCAUAAGCAUAACUUCGCUCGCUUAUAAAGACUUAAGAUUAGAGAUUUAGUCCAAAUCAUAAACAGUUGAGCCUGCAUGACCUUAUCAGGGACACCAGAAGGCAGACUGUGGCCAAGCGGUUAGAGUGCUGGACUUGCUAUUUGGAGGCCCCGAGUUCAAGUCGUGCACUGACCGCUAGCUGGAUUUGUUCAUGGUAGUCCCGAGUCCAUCUCCUUGUAAGUAGCCGGCUGUUUUGUAUCCAGCCUGUUGGAAUUCUUAGUCCCGUUGUGUUUGAUUAUACUUGAAUUAUUUGUUUUAGUCAUUUACUUAGGCCCACUAGCAUAUUAUUUCUAUAAAUACUUCUGAGGGUAAAUACAGCAAAAUAUUAUUAUUAUUAUCAUUAUUAUUAUUAUGACCAAAUAAAAGGGACAGACCCUACUGCCCUAUCACAGAGGUGGUCUUGUUACAUGUAUAUGGGUAGAGUAGGUAUUGUACAUGUAUGUCCUUUCAGUGAUAAAAUUUCUGUAAAAAGAAAUUCAACCGUAUUUUCCAUCGUUAACUGUAAUCUUAUCUAUAAAUGCCUUUGUCAAUGAGUGCUUGAUUUGAUCUGCUUUGCUAAUGCUUUACCAUUAGAGAAAUUUGUGUGAAAUUCUAAAAUGAUUUUGGAAUUCAAUGUGAAUUUUUAUGAAUUUUUACAGCACCUAUGUUAGGAGGAAGGAAAAGAAGUGAAUGGAGGCAAGACAGAGUUCCCGCACAUACCAGGGUAUUGUUCUUAUAUAGUUUUAUUAAUUUACUUUGAAGUAAAGUGGAAGGGGAUGGCAUAGAUAAAGAAAUUGUGAUGUUUAUUAUGUGAGGUUGUGAGACACAUGGUUUUCAAGUGGAUUAGUCUUAGAUAGGGUAUUCAGCAAGGAAAAAUUGUUAUCAUUGUAGGGGAAGUAACAUGUUAUCAGUGGUACAUGUAUACUGAGAGUUUGAUGUUUUUUAUUUUGUUGUUGUCUUUUCAGCUCAGGCUUGAUAAACCAGAAAAGAUUAAAGUUAGAAAAGCAUUUGGUGGACACAAAAAAAUCAAAGGCAUCAAAGUCAAAACUGGUCUGUACGUUUGUAAUUCUUUAGGUAAGGUUGUUUGUUAUGGUGAUUUCUUGGUGCAGUUUUGGUUGAUGUACGCUGCUUGUUUAUAGGAGGAAAACAAAUGAUGUCAUAAUGACAUUUUAGCCUAAAAUAGUACUGUACUUUAUAUGCCAUAUCCUAUACUGUAGAACCUACAGAAUUAUUAUAAUCUUGCCCAAAAACAUGUUGUUCAUGUAUAUUUUACUGAAACAGCUUGUUUUAACUUGCACAGAUGUAGAAUUUGAGUGUCCUAUUCUAAAAGUGGUACACAAUACAGCAAAUGACAACUUUACAAAAAAUGGAGUGAUGGUCAAGGGAACCAUUGUUGAAGUAGAUUCGAAUCCUUUCAAGAACUGGUUAGUAACACUUGAUUUUUGAUUAAUUAGUUUUACUUAUUAGCACUUUAACUGUCACAAAACAUAAAAAGAAGAUAUUAAUAUGUUAAUUUGUUCCAUAUUCAGUCUACUGUUCUUGCUUUGUAUUCUAAGCUGUAUUUUUCGUUGUUACAGGUUUACAGAUAACUAUAAAAAAGAAGAAGACAAGCAAAAUGAGGUAUAUAAUGAGUCGGGUCUUUUGGCUUUUUCUUGUCUGUUCUUUUGAGAGUGUCAAAAUGUAAAUGCAUAGGGGCCUUAGCUAGCUGUUUACGGGAUUGCAGUCGUUUCUUUAUGCAUUUGUAGGUUGUGCUUCUAGUGUGAUUGAUCUUAUACUUAUACAAAGUCUCAGAAUGACCAAUAUACGUAGGCCUCCCACAUAGACAUUCUUAGGGUUUUGUCACACAUUCCUUCCCUUUGUCAUGCAUUCCUUUUGUUCAUCACGCAUUCCUCCCCUUCGUCAUUCAUUCUUUCCCUUCAUCACACAUUCCUUCCCUUCGUCACACAUUCAUUCCCAUUCCUUAGGUACAUGGGGAAGGUACCUGGGAUGAAUUCCUACGAAUGUCUGCAUGGGACGCUAUGAACAAUACUGAUGACUGUAUGUUCCUCUCUCUGUUUGUUACUCAUUUGCUAGGAAAACUCAUCACUAGAGCAGCUACUGCCUUACAUGGAGACUGGAAAGCUUUAUGGUAAGGACAUAAAUUAUACCCCACAACCCUUUUUCGGCAUCAUGAGACUCAAUAGUUGCAUAAUUUCCCCUAUUUUGCCCUCUUCCCACCCUUUUAGAACUCCCACCUCCUGUCCUUUCCUUUCCCAGCUCCUGUACCCUCUGCCCCUAUUUUCCCGGGCUCCCACCCUCUGACUUUCCCCACCACUUUUGACCUUUUUGACGUCUGUCUGUUACAUUUAUGUACCACAGUAAAUUUAUCUCAGGAAAAAGUGCACACACGCGCAGUUAUAUCUUCCACGAGGCUAAAAUUCCCAGCUAAUGCAUGGUGAAAAAGGCUCAUUAUAAAGUAAAGUUAGCAACUUACAUGUAGUCUUCCCUGCCUGUCUUGCAGCUAAGAUAACUACACGGCCAGGUCAAGUUGGUGCCUGCAAUGGUUACAUCCUGGAAGGGGAUGAGUUAGAAACUUUGUUAAAUACACGUCAAGAUUUAAGAUUAUCGAUGGAAAUGAAAGUGGAAAAGCAGUAGUAAAACAAGAAUAUCUCCGUUGACCAACAUGGACAGCACCUUUUACGAUUUGCCUUACUGAUACAAGGACAGUAUUAUCCAACUCCGGCAACUCUGUAAAUAUCGGCCUUUGAUCGAAUAAAAAAGGAUGCUAUGUCAAGCUACGUUUUUUUUGGCUACAUGAUGCAAAUGACUAAUCUUUCAUAACCUUUAAGACAGAACUGCUCAACUUUUUAAGUCAGAAAACAACCGUAAAUUUUGCGCCUUUGAUGCGCAAUACCACACCCAUCAACAAAGGCAAAUAAAAUUGAAACCAUGGAAAAAAUUAAACCGCGACACAUACAAGAAAUAUUUUCCCCUGACCUUGCCAAUGAAGGAAUUACGUGC